AAAUGGCUUCCAAGCAGACGAAACUCAGCCCGCCAAGAUGAUCGGAAAACUUUCACUUCUCCUCGUCUGUGUCGCCGUCGUCAGCGGAAACCCUGCGGCGGGGAAGCCAUGGCACUGGAAGUCCCCGAAGCCUCUUGUGGAACCACGCGGACCUGCCCCUGCCACACCGCGCAUCGUGGGAGGCACCGAGGCCGUCCCUCACUCGUGGCCCCAUCAGGUGGCUCUCUUCAUCGACUUAAUGUACUUCUGCGGCGGUUCCCUCAUCUCCAGCGAGUGGGUGCUCACGGCCGCUCACUGCAUGGAUGGCGCCUUCUACGUGGAGGUGGUGAUGGGCGCCCACAACAUCCGGGAGGUCGAGGCCAGCCAGAUCACCGUGUCCUCCACCGAUUUCUUCACCCACGAGGAUUGGGACUACAGCACCCUCACUCACGACCUCGCCCUCGUCAGGCUGCCCUACGCUGUGGAAUUCAACGAUUACAUCCAGCCUGUUAGCCUGCCUGCCGUUGAUGUGCCUGUCAGUAAGGUCGUCACGCCCACUGGUUGGGGCCGCCCCUCCGACAGUGUCAGCGGAACGUCCGACGUCCUCCGUCAGGUGGACGUCCCCGUCAUGGCCAACGCUGACUGCGACGCCGUGUAUGGCAUCGUCGGCGACGGCGUUGUCUGCGUCGACGGCGCCGGCGGCAAAGGCACCUGCAACGGUGACUCCGGCGGCCCCCUCAACCUCAACGGCGUGACCUACGGCAUCACCUCCUUCGGGUCCUCCGCCGGCUGCGAGGUUGGCUACCCCGACGCCUUCACUCGCGUCCACUACUACCUGGACUGGAUCGAGCAGAAGACCGGCGUCAGCCCCUGAGCGACAGCGCGCCGUCAGCAGAUAUCUGGAGACUAGUAUCAAGUGUUAAAAUGAUUAUGAAGAUUAUAAAAAAGACUAGUAUAAAGUGUUAAAUGAUUAUGAGAUUAUAUACAAAAGACUAAUAUAAAGUGUUAAAAAGAUUAUGAUUAUAUAUAAAAAAAGUAUAAUGUGUUGUUAAAAAGGUUAUGACUAUAUUAAAAAAAAGGAAAAGGAAAAGGAAUAUUAAUAUGUACUGAAUAGCUCGCGAAUGAUAUCUUCAAGCUAUCUUUGAUAUGCUGUAUCGCGCCAAGUAUAAAUCAAUAAAACAAAAACGA